GUAGAACAGUCUGGCCUUAAACUCAAAGAGAUCCACCUGCCACUAUGCCCAGAUUUAAAAAAAAUAAUGGUAAGUGUUAGUUAUUAUGCGGUGCUGUGUUACCCAUUAAGCGGCACUGUUUACCAUUCGAGAAAAGCCACGAGGCACAACAAAACCCACUAUAAGAGUUUAUUAGAGGAAGGAGACAGGAAGGGGGUGCUUAGGCCUAUGGGAAAUGAUGGUGCAGGGAGAGAGAGGAGGGAGGGGUCUGUGACCCGCUUUUUAUGGAUUUCCCCGCAACGUGCAACGUGUACAUAUGGGCUUACAUAGCUACGUCAGGCAUGCUCAUAGAUUACAUGAUCACGCUGAGCAAAUUACAUGACCACACAGCACACGGAUUACAUAGGACAUAAGGCCCUGGGAUGACAAAGCCUCUUGUUUGGGUACUGGACAACGCAUGUGCAGUCAUGUAGCUGAGAGACUGGCCAGGAAUUCUAUCAAUAAGUUCAGAUUCCAAUUUCUAGACUUGGUUAGGAUACUGCAGUCUUGAAAAGUGACUACUCCUAUUCUGUACAUAAAACUUUCAUUAUAAUUAGCAAGAUAGGAAAGCCACACACAUUAUUAAACUGAAUUUAUUCAGUGCACUCUACAUAUCAUAUACCACAGCAGCCACUGGUGAGCUUAAAAGAAACUUAGGAAAAAGUAAAUGUUGAUUUGGGGCAGUUAAUCAUUUAGUUAUAUUUCUGUUUUUUUCAGAGACAAUUCUAAUUAUCAUUUGAAGGAGGAACCCCCUUUAAAAGCAAUUAAAGGGCCCCAACUAAGGGUCCAAAGAUUGAAAGUUAAAGAAACAUUAUUCUGACAAGUAAUGACAUUGACCUGUUUGUGGAAGGCAUCAUUGCUGGGCACCACAGAACGAAAAUGCCAAGAACAGUUACCAGAGAUAAUUAUUCGUGGUGAUGGCUUACAGAGUCAUAAACAAAAGAAGGCAUGUGGGACUUCAACAGCUUUCAUCAUUUGCACAAACAGGAAGAAGUUUCCUGGGCCCAGUAAAAGCCUCCAAGUUUAUUAUAGAUGCAGAGUGUCAUGAAAGUGUGUUAAUCAGCUCAACAGUCAGGCUUCUCGAAGGUCUGGAUUUAACCUGUGCAGCUGGGCAGCUUCUCAACGAAGCAGUUCAAGCACAGAAUGGCACAUACAGAAUUGGAACCAGCACUCUUUUGUUUCUUGUUGGUGCAUGGAGCAGCGCUGUUGAAAAAUGUCUCCAUCUGGGUGUUCCCACUCCAGCAAUAGUGUCAGUAAUGUCCGAAGGCUUGAACUCUUGCAUUGAAGCAGUAGUUUCCCUUCAAGUACCCAUAUACAAUGUAUUUGACCACAUGGACAACACAAGUGCAGUUUAUGAGCGUGAAACAGUUGAUGUCAGCUUGUGUCCUUUUCUCCAAGUGCCUUCAGAUCCUGGGUUGUUACAGGAAAAGCAUGAUUUCAAAGAUGCUACAUCUCAGUUAUUGUCUGCUUACAGUCUUUCUGGGAGACAUGCACAAUCACCCAAACUCUUCAAAACUCAGGCUAAGGUUGAAAUGGAAAAAAACACACCACGAGCUCUGCAACACAGCGCGUAUACAGACUCUUUCUGCAGAAAGUCAGCAUUAACUCACAGUAGGCAUUUUAAUAGGACAGAUCAUAGCCCCUGGAUAAGCAGACCUGAUGGAUUUCUAGAACAAUGUAGAUCGACUCCCAAAACUUGGAGAUGUAAUGAUUUGGUGGAGUUAGCGGUUGGCUUGAGCCAUGGAGACCGCAGCAGCAUGGCCUUGGCAGAGGAAGCUGUGAGGCUGCAGCGGCAGAGUGUGUGUCUGCAGCAAGCCAACUCUGUGGCACCAUUUGUGUUUGAUGUUUCAAGACUCCUCACUUGCUGCCUCCCUGGCUUACCUGAAACUUCUUCUUGUGUUUGUUCAGGAUAUGUCACUGUUGUACCCACGUCUAGUAGUGCUCUGAUAAAGGAAUUGCAGGAUCAGCCUUUCCGAGUGAUUCUCAUCGAGGGUGACCUCACACAGAGUUACCGCCACCUGGGAUUUAAUAAGUCUGGAAAUAUGAAGAGCACGUUAGAUAGUGGGAAACUUCCAGGAGACAGUGCAGAAGAACUGUGGACAAAGAGUGUGCUGCAGGUGUUAAUCCAGUUGGAUGUGAACCUCGUCCUGGCACAAGGAAGUGUAUCUGAACAUCUGACUGAAAAAUGCAUGCAUAGUAAGCGACUGGUAAUGGGGUCAGUGAGUGGCCAUGUGUUGCAAGCGUUUGCAGAGGCUACAAGAGCAGUGCCUGUAGCCUAUGUUACACAAGUGAAUGAAGACUGUGUGGGCAGUGGGGUCUCUGUGACCUUCUGGACGAGUCCUCAUGAUACAAACAGGAACAACAGAAUGGCAAUCUUGUUAAAAACAGAAGGAAUUAAUUUGGUUACAGCAGUACUUACCUGCCCAGUAAGUACUCAGAUGGAAACCAAGGAAGACAGGUUCUGGUCCUGUGUAUAUCGCUUAUAUCAUGCCCUAAAAGAGGAGAAGGUCUUCCUUGGAGGUGGUGCUGUUGAAUUUUUAUGUCUUAGCCAUCUUCAAAUUCUUGCCGAGCAAUCUAUAAAUAAAGAAAACCAUGCUUGUUCAGGAUGGCUUCCUGAUUCUUCCUCUUGGAUGGCCUCAUCUCUGUCAGUCUACAGACCUACUGUGUUGAAGUGCUUGGCAAGUGGGUGGCAUGAAUACCUGUCAGCUGUCAUGUCUAACACUGCCACUCACCCAUCAGCAAUGGAAGCCAGCACGUUCAUUCAACAUCAUGUACAAACUGCCACCAACUCUGGCUCUCCUUCAUCUUACAUCUUGAGUAAAUAUAGUCAACUAAGUGGUGGAGUUUUUCAUUCAGGUGUUUCAGAUAACCUGGAGCUAGUUCGCAGAGUUUAUGAUACUGUUACACCAAAGACUGAAGCGUGGCGCCGAGCAUUGGAUUUAGUACUCUUAGUGCUUCAGACUGACAGUGAAAUCAUUACUGGACUUGCACACACACAGAUAAAUUCACAGGAAUUAGAUGGACUUUUAUUUUUGUAGGGUUAGCCAAAUCUUUGGGAAAUAAGCUGUAUCAUAUUAAUAAAUUUUAAGGUGUGUAUGUGCAUGCACACACACCCAAGGAGGCCAGAAGAGGGCACCACAUGCCCUGGAGCUGUAAUUAAUGGGUUUAUAAGCUGCCCAGCAUGGAUGCUGGGAACCCAACUAUGCAAAUGCAGCAAGCACUCUUAACCUUACAGCCAUUUCUCUAGCCCUAAUAAAUUUUUAUAUUCA